UAUUCUGGGAGAGGUCUGGAAGAACCCAGAGGGAUUGCUAUUUAUAUUCGAUAGUUUGGAUGAAUUCAAGGACAGAAUCGAUUUUACCGACAGUCGGAGAGACACAGACCCUCAGUGCAUGUGCCCAGAUGCCGAAAGCAGGUGUGAAGUGUCUGACAUUGUGUACCUUUUAAUCCAGCACAAGCUACUCCCAGGGUGUUCAGUGCUGGUGACCACCCGCCCCACGGCGUUACAUUUAUUGGAUAAGACGGAGAUCAGUGUCUGGGCUGAAAUCCUGGGAUUUGUUGGUGAGGAAUAGAAGGAAUAUUUCAACCGGUAUUUUGAAGAUCAGGCGGUGGCAGCAGCUGUUUGCAAACAUGUGGAGGAGAACGAGAUCCUGUACACCAUGAGCUACAACCCGUCCUACUGCUGGAUCCUCGGCUUGGCACUGGGCCCCUUCUUCACACAAAAAGAAAGGGGCCCACAAGGAGUUCCCAAGACCAUCACCCAACUAUAUUCCUACUAUAUUUACAACAUCCUGAAAAACCACGGCCGUGAGAUUGAAAGCCCUCGUGAUGUGUUACUGAGGGUUGGUCAGAUGACCUACACAGGAGUGUCCGAGAAGAAGAUCGUGUUUACAGAUGGAGAUUUGAUCAAGUACAAUCUUCAGCCUUCCCAGUUCCUGUCUGGGUUCCUGCUGGAACUUUUGGAGAGAGAGGAUUGUGCCCGAAGGGCGGUGUACAUAUUCCCACAUCUCACCAUCCAAGAGUUUGUAGCAGUGCUCGCACAAUUCCUGACUCCAGAUCCUGGGGAUAUCCUGAAACUGCUGGCUGAAGCGCACAGAGAGCAAGAUGGACGAUUCGAGGUAUUUAUCCGUUUUGUUGCUGGUCUCUCCUCCCCAGGGUCAGCUCGGGGGCUGGAGGAGUUUUUGGGUCCAUUUCUCCAUCAAACAACCUGCCGAGUGAUUGACUGGGUGAAGGAAGAAGUCAAACGUCAGACUGAAAACACAGAGAGUGAAGCUGGGAGAACGAACCUCCUGAACGCACUGCACUACCUGUUUGAGUCUCAGAAUAAUGUACUGGCUAAGUCCACUGUAGAAGCUGUGGAAACACUUUCUUUGAGAGGAUUGCGGCUGACUCCGGUUGACUGCGCGGUCCUUACACAUGCCAUUCGGCCUUGUGGUGCAAUACAACACCUCGACCUGGAUCUCUGUUACAUUCAUUCUGAAGGACUCGUGCGGCUGGAUCGCGUGCUGCACAAAUGCCAGGAAUUGGGAUUGGCAAACAAUGAAUUGGGCGAUUUAGGAAUGAAACCGAUGUUUGCGGCUCUGAGGAACCCGGAGUGUAAAAUACAGAAACUGCGACUGGGCAAUAACGGUCUCACAGCGACUCGGAUUCAAGACCUCGCCUCUGCUCUUACUGCCAAUAGUUCACUGACGGAGCUCGAUAUGAAGGAUAAUAGACAGGGAGAUGCAGGUGUAAAAAGGCUAUCAGUGGCUCUGAGUAAAUCGGAAUGUAAAAUACAGAAACUGGGGCUGAAAAACAAUAGUUUCACAGCCUGUGGCGCCAAGGAUCUUGUCUCCGCUCUAGGUACAAACCGCUCACUGACGCAACUGGAACUGGAUAACAAUAAAUUGGAAGAUUCAGGAGUGAAACUGCUGUCUGAUGCUCUGAGAAACCGGGACUGUAAAAUACAGGACCCACGGAUACGCAGAGUCGGUCUCACAGCUUCUGGUACAGAGAAUCUCACCUCCGCUAUAGGUACAAACCUGUCACUGACGGAUCUUGCCCUGAGCUACAACACUCUGGGAGAUUCGGGAGUGAAGCUGAUGUUUGCGGCUCUGAGGAAAUCGGAAUGUAAAAUACAGAAACUGCGUUUAUGGGAUGUCGCUCUCACAGAUUCAUGCAGCGAGGAUCUUGCCGCCGCCCUCAACACCAACUGCUCACUGAAGCUUCUGUCACUGGGUGACAACAGGCUGGGAGAUCCGGGGGUGAAACGUUUGUCUGAGGUGCUGGGGAACCCACAAUGUAAAUUACAGGAACUCGACCUGUACAGUAACGGUCUGACAGAUUCAUGCACAGAGUAUCUCUCCUCGGUUCUCAGAAAAAUGCGUUCACUGAAGGUUUUGGACUUGGGAGCAAACUCCGUCACAGACAAAUCUGCCCAGUCUUUCCGCAAGCUCAUAGAGAAGCGCAAAAGUUUGAAGCAGAUCACGUUGGUGGGGAAUCGGUUCACUGCAGAUGGACAGAAUCAGCUGAUGUCGCUGCGAGGAAUUAGACGUGGAAUGAGUAUCAAAUGUAGCAUUUAAGUUUCCCUGCAUGGGAACUGGUCGAUUUUCCGGACGGGCUUCGGGUUUAAACCCUAAUCUUUUCGGACAAAUUGCCAUGGACGGCGCAACAGUGAUUUCGAACUGGAAAUAUUUCCGUCAAGUAUUACACUGGUUUGUUGUGUGUUGCAUCGAAUCGGAUUAAAUUAACGACAAUACAUCAAGAAACGUCAGAAGAUUCUCGACACGGCAAGGGAUGUGCAAGCAGAUAACAUCCCAACGGUACCGUUCGUCGGGCCAGA